AUGCUGAAUUCAACGUGUUCGGGCGCUACUGGUAUUAGUAUUGUGCAUUCGCCGAGGCGGUGCGGCGUUACGGGGCCAAUCUCCAGGGCUGGCCCUACGAAUGCUGAUUUGCGGCGAACCAGGGAAUUGGAGAAGUUUUUGGUUGGUGCUGGGGUGUACGAGAGCAAGGAAGAAGACGCUAAGAGAGAACAGGUUCUUGGUCGUAUCAAGGAGAUUGUGAAAGACUGGGUGAAGCAAGUUACUCGCUUGAGAGGGUACGCUGGUCAAAUGGUGGAAGCUGCAAAUGCUCUUAUAUAUACUUUUGGUUCUUAUCGACUUGGUGUACAUGGUCCUGGAGCUGACAUAGAUGCCUUGUGUAUUGGGCCAUCCUAUGUGAAUCGGGAGGAAGAUUUCUUCUUCAUGUUACAUACCAUUUUUUCUGAGAUGGAAGAAGUUACAGAACUGCAACCAGUUCCAGAUGCUCAUGUGCCAGUUAUGAAACUUAAGUUCAAUGGAGUAUCAGUUGAUCUUCUUUAUGCAAGCAUAUCCCUUAUGGUCGUGCCAGAGGAUUUGGACAUCUCAGAUGUUUCUAUAUUGUACAAUGUCGAUGAGCCAACGGUUCGGAGUCUUAAUGGUUGUAGGGUGGCUGACUGCAUUCUUAAGCUUGUGCCAAAUGUUGAUCAUUUUCGCACAACACUCCGUUGUCUUAAAUUCUGGGCCAAAAAACGUGGUGUCCAUUCAAACGUGAUUGGUUUUCUUGGUGGUUUUAGUUGGGCUCUUCUUGUAGCUCUGGUGUGUCAGCUUUAUCCUAAUGCUGUUCCAAGUACGCUGGUUUCCAGAUUUUUCUGGGUUUACACACAGUGGCAUUGGCCGAACCCUGUGAUGAUUAGUGCAAUAGAAGAGGAGAAUCUUGGAUUUUCUGUGUGGGAUCCUCGCAAAAAUCCCCGGGACAGAGCUCAUCAUAUGCCUAUUAUAACGCCUGCCUACCCUUGCAUGAACUCUAGCUACAAUGUCUCAGCAAGUACUCUCAGCAUCAUGAUGGAGCAAUUCCUAUUUGGUGACAAGAUCUGUCAGGAGAUAGAGCUGAACAAAGCCCAGUGGACUGCUCUGUUUGAGCCAUAUUUAUUCUUUGAAAGUUAUAAAAACUUUCUGCAGAUUGACAUAGGUGCUGCAGAUGAUGAUGAUUUACGAGCUUGGAAGGGCUGGAUUGAAUCCCGACUGAGGCGCCUGACUCUGAUGAUAGAGUGUUGCACCAAAGGGAAGUUGCAGUGCCACCCAUACCAGCACGAGUAUGUUGAUAAUUCAAAGCCGUUCUCCCACAGUGCCUUUUUUAUGGGUUUGCGGAGGAGGCAAGGUGAAGUAAUUCAGGAAGGUCAGCGGUUUGAUAUUUGUGCUACAGUUGACUACUUCAGGCUUUCUGUGAACUCGUACCAGUAUUGGAAGCCAAAGAUGGGAAUAUCUGUUUCUCAUGUCCAUAGAAACCAGAUUCCUUCUUAUGUGUUUCCGGAAGGCUAUACCCGAAACUGGUCAUCAAGGCCAAUUAGCGAGCAGCACUCUCUAAAAUCAUCUUCUGCAAAUGGUGAACGUUCAAAUUCUGGGUCCAGUGAAAGAUGCCUCAAGCGGAAAAGAGAUUAUCAAGGAAUAAAAGUGAAGCAGAAAAGUUCAGAGAUGAAACAAUCAGUUACCCCUGAGAGGAAGCACUCAGUUUCUCCUGAGAUUGUUAGCGGUGUUUUAGGCAGUGCAUCCAAGGACUGUUUGGUAUUGGAUCACGGGAGACCCAAAGGAAGUUCUGAUAAGGGAACUAGCCAUGCUGGUGAAGCUGUAUCUCUUAACUCGAAUAUUAUCAAGAUUGGAUCAACUAGGAGAGUGCUGCAGCAACAUAUGGACGGUGGUACAGAGGCCGGCUUAGGCCUAGUUAAAUCUGACAAAGAGAUCUUGCUUGCGGAACAUGAUGAGGCUGAAGGCUCAAGUGUCAGUCUAAGCCUGUCGAGUGUGAUGAACUCGUGCGAGGAUGUUCGAGUUGAACCCGUUGCAGGUAACAGUGAGUAUAACCGGGUGACUGUUGCAGGGAGUCAAAAUGAGUGAUCUUCGGAGUGGGGCUCUUACAAUGGGGCACACGGGAUUGGUUUCCCCUAAUAAGUGUCAAAAGGAUGGAUUGCUGCAACCGUUAAGAGGGCGAACAUGACAUCAACAGUGUGAUAGACAGGAAGAUGCAUCAAUCGAAGCAAGGGGCUUGCGGGAGACAAAGCCAGCGGUUUGGGUAAGUAAGUUUUUCAUUGCCGGCUGUCUUGUGUUUCUUUUUUCCAGGAAUGCCUGGAAGUUGCACAGCGUGGCUCAUGCUCAUCAACCUUACCGCCAGCCAUGCCCGUGCAAGGAGCUGAACUCGGCCGACGGACAGUGCUGUGGAAGAUGGAGGGGGGUUGCUCUCUAGCCCAGCCAACAGUAAUUUGGUCAGUCCUUGCUGUCUAUAGCCGCUGUCCUAGGUUUCUUUUCAUUGAAUAGGUAAGAGUACCUUACUCAAAAAGGCAGGGCAUUCGGCAGUAAGCUGUAGGGUUCUUUAUCCUUUUUUGGGGGGUUCCAUUUAUCGGGCCAUUGUAUACUUUGCUGCCUCAUCAAAAUGAGGCACACUUGAUGAUGUAGUUGAAUUAUGAUAUUGAUUGCCUUAAUUCUUAG